AUGCUGCCGAAACCGAUCGUACCAAACACAACUCUUGAAUCUCAUCCACCGCAUCAUUACAAUAACCCACAACUCGUUGUAAUCCUCCUCCUCGUCUUAUUCAUCGGUUUCUUCGCUCUAUGUUGCUGCAGAUGCUUCUUCAACACUCUCUCACAAGCUUGGGAUCGCCUUCACCGCAACGGACCACACGAAGAUCAAAUCCAGUCACAACAAGAAACCGUUAAUCAACCACCGGUUAACCCCGGUUUAGAGCCAGAAAUCAUCAAAUCUUUCCCAUUAUUCCCAUUCUCUUCAGUCAAAGAUCUUCGAGAAGAAAAACAAGGACUCGAAUGUGCCAUUUGUCUUCUUGAAUUCGAAGAAGAACACAUCCUUCUCCGACUCUUGACAACUUGUUACCACGUUUUUCAUCAAGAAUGCAUCGACCGUUGGCUUGAAUCUAACAAAACAUGCCCGGUUUGUCGACGGAAUUUAGAUCCAACAGCGCCUGAAAACAUCAGAGAGUUGAUCAUUGAAGUCAUGCACGAGAACCACGAGAAGACAUCAACGUCCAACGAGGCUUUGUUGUCGAGACAGAGCAGUAAUAGUGGUAAUAAUGAGAGGAAGAUGGAGUCCUUACCGGAUAAAUUCUCGAGAUCGAAGACCACGGGUCAUUCUAUAGUUAGGAAUAAACCGGAGGAAGAAGACCGGUAUACUUUGAGAUUACCGGAUCAUGUUAAGAUCAAGAUAACGAGAAGACAUAAUUAUAACCAAACAGAGAGUUGUAUAUCGUUUGGUGAGCUUAUGAGAAACAAAGAAGGCCGGUUUGGUGAACUCUCUGGUCAAUCACUUGUACCGGAAUCAGAAAAUUAA